AUGAUAAUGGAUGAAUUGGAUGAGAUUCCAGAAAUUGAGGAUAAUUAUGUAUUAGUUGUGGAUACAAUUAGGAAAACUGAUGAGGAAAUAGAUUCUCAAUUGAGAUUACAAAAAAAUUCUGAAAAUCCUUUAUUCCAUCAAAUCAUUUCAUUUGAUAAGACUAUAAAUUUUCAUAGCUUUAUUAUAUUAAAGAAAGGAAUUAAUUUUAAAUUUAAAAAAGAUAAAUUUACUAUAGAUUCACAAGAUUCUACACAUAAUACUCAUAAUUGUACUCAUUCUACUAAUUCUCAUGAUUCUGUACCAGAUUCUGUUCCUCAAUCGGAUGAAUCUGUGUAUGAAAUAUAUUCAGAAACUGAACUUUUGGAUAAUGAUUUUAAAGUAUUUAUAAAAGUAAUUAAUGAAGAUAAUUAUGAAUUCAAACAAUUAAACUUAUUUGAAUGUCAAAAUUCUCUCAUAUUCCUUGAUACAGAUAUUACCAAUCUAUCUAGUACUAAUACUAGUAAAACUACUAACACUAGUAAAUCUACUACUACUACUAAGUCUACCAAGAGUAAGGGUAGUAAAUCAACAAAAUUGUCUAUAAAUAGAAAUUUGGUGGAUAGUAUUUUAAUAACAGGAUCAUAUUCAGUAAUAUCAUAUUUAAUACUUGGAGUACCAAAUAAAAGGAAAUUACCUAAAUUAACUAAUUGUGUAUAUUAUGGUACCGGAAUUUUAGAUUUAAAUCGACAUCUAAUAGCGAGGGAAAGUUUAUGUGAAAAUGUUAUUGAAGUUUCCAAUACAUUUUCAAAACUAUUAAAAGAAAAUCGUAAUGUAAAUUAUAAAACUAUGAAUGAUUUUGUUAAUUAUUUAACUAUCAAUGAAGAAUAUGAAAAAAUACAAAAUUUAAAAAAAUCACUCAAUAACUUAAUAGAAACCCAUAAAUCAACUGAUAAAAGUGAUAAAUCUAGUAAUAAGUCCGAGAAAUCUGACAAAUCUGUUAAAUCCGAAAGAUUAAUUGAAGAAUCAUAUAAUUUAUUGAAGAAUUUUAUUAAUAAUGAUUUAUUUAAAGAGUUUAUGGAUUAUAAAACAUUGGAAACAGUAUUGAGAAUCUGUUUUAAUCAGUUAAUAUAUGAUACAGAAAACUUAAUGUAUAAAAUGUUUAGUUUAUUAUUACAAGAUUCCAAAUUAUUACGUAAUUUCUUGAAUGACAAAUUGAUGGAAAAACAAUUUGAUAAAGUUGUAACAUUACUAUUUUCAGAUAAAACUCCGUUAGAGAAGAAAAAAUCAAUUUUAAAGAUAAUUUUGAUCAUACUAUCGGAUCCGUAUGGGAUUUCAAAGUUUCUAGAAUCAACUUAUACAUUUUCAUAUAAUUCAUUUGUUAACAAUUUGUUCUCAAGUAAUUUAACACCAUUCUACAAUACAAUAGGAAAUGAUAUUACAAGAAUUGGUAAUAACAUUUCAUUAUAUAUUACAUUAUCACAAGUUGAGACAUGUUAUAAUCGGAUUAAGAAAAUGGAAUUAACAGAUUUUACAAAUUUAGAAAAAUUCUCAAAACUUAUCAUUACAUCCAUAGAAAUGAUUAAUAGUACAAUGGAAAUUAAUGGUACAGUAGAAAUUAAUGGUACAGUAGAAAUUAAUGGUACAGUAGAAAUGGUCAAGGGUUCGAUAGAAAGGAAUAAUGUGUCAGUACAGAUGAUCAAUAGUUCAUAUGAGAUAGAAUUUGUAGUAUCAUGUAUUAAGGAAUUACAAUUUAUAAAGUCUAUUUCAUUACUAUAUAAAAUGAUAUAUUACCAAUUAUCAGAAUUACCAAUAUUGAUAAUUGAUGUCUAUAAAAUCAUUACUAAAACAUUUCAGUUCAUUAAAAAGUUUCUUCAAUAUUUUUAUUUCCAAGAUUUGUUAAUACAACUUUAUAAAAUCUGUUCUAUCUUAGAAAUAAUUGAUGGUAAUAUGGGUAUGGAUAGUAAUUUGGGUAACGGUAAGGGUAACGGUAUGGGUAUGGAUAAGGGUAUGGGUAAGAGUGUGAGUAUAAAUUUGAGUACUAAUUUGACUACUAAUUUGAGUAAUGAAAUAAUGGAAUUAUUAUUAUAUUAUAGAGUAUUAAUAUUAAUAUCAUUAACAAUAAGUCAAGGAUCAUUUGAUACAACAGUAGAUGAUUUGCAUAAUUUAUCACAUGAGUUUGAUAAUUUCUUUAAAGUGUUUAAUAAGUUUUUAGAAAACAGAUUAGUAUCAAAUUUCAUAUUAAAGGCAUUAAAAUCGUAUGUAAUAUUAAUUCGUGAAGAUUCACCACAAGCUCUAACGAAUAAAAUAAAUAAAAAUGUAUCAAUAUUAUUAGACUUAUUAUGUAAUGCAAUUGUUAAAGAUAAUUUUAUAGUAUUUUGUUUAGGAAAACGAUUGUAUAAUUUUCUUGACUUUUAUCUAACGAAAUUUAAUAAACUACAAAAUAAUUUAGUCGUAUCAACUUUUAAUACACUUAAAAUACUUUAUACAAUACCAACAAUUGAUACUAAUGGUAUACCAAUUAUUGAUGAUAUUAUACUUUAUAUAACGGAAUUAUUACAAACCACCAAUACGGUGCUUGGUAUAGUGGGUACAGAUAAUACAGUUAAUAAAGUUAAUACGGAUGGUCCGGUGGGUAGAGUUAAUACAAGUAAUAGUGAUGGUCCAGUUGGUACAGUGGGUUCAGUUAAUACACCUAAUACAGCUAAUACUCUCAACCCAGUUGGACCAGCUAUUACACCUAAUAAAGUAGAUUCAGUUAUAGAAUUUAGUAUGUUAUAUGUUAAAGAAACAAAAUUGAUAUUGAAUAAUAUAUUGAAUAUGAAUAUUGGAAUGGAAUGGGAACGAGCAAAGAAUUUGGGAAUAAAUUUACAAUACUAUAACCAAUGGAGAGAUUUAAAUUUACGUAUAGUACCACCAGAAAAGUUACCUAAUCAUGUCAUAUAUGGACUUGGUUUAUUAGUUAACAUGGGGAAAUCAACUGAAACUAAUGAUAAAUUUAAGAAACUAACCGAGUCGGAUUUAUUAUUAAAGCUAUGGAAUUAUUGUUUAGGGUCAAUAAUGGCUGAUUUCCAUACAAUUGUAAAGGCGGAAAUGGGCUCAUUGUCUUCAUUAACAGGUUACUCUUGGCUUGAUAAUUUCAACUCCUUUACAAAAACAAUUGUUAUUAUUAUAAAUUUAUACAUAUUAUCAUUAGAAAUUAUUUCAUAUGAUAACGGUAGUGGUGGUAACAGUAGUGUUAACACCGGUGGAGGUUAUAACACGGGUAGAGGUUAUUACACUGUUGGAGGUUAUUAUACUGAUGAUGUUGAUAUAAUUGAAAAAGAAGUAUGUUAUAUAAAUGAUAAAUUAUUGGAAUGUAUAAUAAUGACAAGUGUGACAAUGUUUAAGUUGAUGGAUAAUAAUUGUGAGCUUGGGAUGGAAUGUUUAUUUCGGCUUGGAAAUUUGAUCAAGUACUGGUACAAGAGGUUUAAAAUAUCACGUAACUAUAUUUUAAACCAAUUAAUGAAAUAUGGUAGUGCUUUACCAGAGUUUUAUACAGGUGUUUCAUUUCUGAUUAUUGCUAUUUCACCCACUAUUCCAUCCAUUUCCAUUACUUCGAAACUUGAUAAUUCAUUCAAUUCUAUACAAUUCACUUUUCUAAAUCAUACAUAUCAAGUUAAUACAGUGAAUAGUACGGGUAGUUCAGUUAAUAAUACAGUUAAUACAGUUAAUAGUACUGGUAACACAGUGAAUAGUACUGGGGGUUCUGUUAAUAAUAUUAAGAUGUUAGAAUUGGAUAUAAGAAUAUUAAUAGAAUUUAUAUGUGUAAUAUUAAUGAGAUCACAGUCUAAAGAUUCUACAAUAAUGAUCAUGUCAUCAUACUUGAUAAAUCAUUACAUGACUAGUGAUGUAAUAUUACAUUUAUUUGAUCAAUUAUUCUAUAAUUCCAAUCUAAAUACAAGAAUUAGAUUAUUAUUAGUAUUGAAAAAUACUAUUUCAUCUUCUAACACAUUGUCUAACACGUCCACUAACACAUCUUCUACAUCUUCUACAUCUUCUAAUACAAAUGUUAGAUUACAAUUUAGAUUAAAUUAUAAAUGUUUAAAGUAUUUAAUAAAGUUAAUAGAAAUAUUAAAUUGUAAAAUAAAUUUGAAAAUUACAUUUCAAAUUGUUUCGGAUGUUAUUUUGGAAGUCGUUUCAAGUUUUAAUCAAAUUUGGAAAGAACAUCGUACAAUUAUACAUGAAGACCAUUUAAAUACAUUUCUACAAUUAUUAUAUCAAUCCAUUAUAUAUAUUAUUAAUAUACUUAAUAAUAUUCAAAAUAGUAAUACCAAGGGUACUGUAGAUAGUGAGGGUACUGAGGGUACUAUGGGAGCUACUGGUACAGUAGGAGCAAGCACCGUUACUAAAGAUACUAUUACUGAAAACACUCCAACUACUACUACUAAGGAUACUAUUAAUGGGGAUACUAUUACUAAUAAGGAUAUGGUUACGGAUGUUGAUGAUAAUAUUGAAAUAAUAAUGAAAGGAUUAUUAAUAUUGGAUAUGAUAUUAAAGAACAGAUUCAUAUGUAUGAAUAUAUUUUAUUCAUUGAUGGGUAAAUUUGAUUAUAAAAAGAGUACUGAUGAGGAAGUACAAGUACAAUUGAAUACAAUUAACAUUAGUAAUACUAUAGUAUACAUUUCUAAAUGUAUCCAAGAUAAACUUACAGAAAAUACUUUGAAUAAUUUAGUAUCAAGUUUAUAUUUAAUAACGAGUUUAGUUUUGGAUAUUCGAAUGACAGGAACUAGUCAAGAUAUUUUCAUAUUUCACUUGUUAAAUUUAUCAUCAGAAUUACCAAAAUCAAAUAUAUUUGAUACUUUAAUACAAUCAACCAAUUCAUUAUUAACUAAAUUAACUGAAUCUAUUAAAUCAACUGAAUCAACUGAAUUAACCCAAUCCAGUAAUUCUUCUAAACCCAGUAAUACAACUAAAUCCAAUGGAUUGAGAUUACAUAUGAUAGUAAUAUUAAUGUUGGUAAGAACGGAAUUGGAAAAGUUGAAACAAGAAAUGUUAAAAGAAGAUAAAUUUACAACAUUGAAAAGUAUCAAGAAAAGUUAUGUAACCACACAUAAAAUUACAAAUAGUUUAUUAUUCAAAUUAUCAAAUCCUCAAGAAUCAACAUUAAAAACUUUAUUAACAACUUGUAAACUUUAUAAUAAUUCAUCUUUAUGGUCUUAUAUUACUAAAGAUCCAGUAUUUAUAGAUAUUACAACGGGUCCCAUUGAGGAUACUAGAAAAGAUCCUAUGAAUAUUACAACGGAACGCGUUAGUGACAAUGUUAAAAAUGAUCCUAUGAAGAAUAUUACAAUGGAUCCCGUUAUUGAAGAAGAAGAUAUGGAUAUAGAAAUUGAUAUGGAAGAAUAUUUGACAAUUGAGAAUUGGAAUGAAUUUGAUGUAGAAUUGUCAUCAAAUGGAUUAGAUUUAAUGUCAAUAGUAAAUAAUCCUUCAUUAUUAAUGGAUAAAAAUACUAGACAAAAGUUCAUAUCAGCAGUUAUUAAAAAUAAACAUAUCUUCAAUCAUAUUAUCAAAUUACACAUUGACAUCUUCAAUUAA